GGCAAGGGAUAUUGACGAUAAAUCCAGCGAUGGCCAUGAACCCUUUGUUGACCACAUCAGGGCAGCAGAGGAUCCCACUGAUUCCCUCAUCAUUUGAACCUCCAAGUGCAGAUAGAGAUUUACUGCCUCCCACUGUGGCUCCAACUGAUCCAAGACAGUUUUGUGUUCCUUCUCAGUUUGGAACCUCUGCUCUAUCAAAUGCAACUAUGCCGAACAUGCUGUCCAAUCAUGUCUACUCAGGUUGGGGCAUUUUACCAUCUGAAUCCGUAAAGGCAAUGGCUAGAAGGAAUGAAAUGAUUCAAAGGCAGCAUACUGCCAGGAUGGAAAUGGAAAUGCAUGCCAUUUACCAGCAAAGGCGAAUAGAAAAAGUUAAUUCCAAGGGAAUAACAGGCUUAGGGAUACCUUUCCUCUAUGGCCCCACUGUCCCUGCUGGCCCAGCCACCUACCAUGGCAGGAGUAUGCUCCCUGCCAGUGACCUGCAUUUUCCCAGAAGCACCCUGAGAAACCUUCAGGGAAGCCCUAUGCUAGUGGCAACUGGUCGACACUUUCUAGAGAGCUGGGGGCAUAAGUGUCGUCGUCUCAGGAGAGGCACAGGGAAUCAGAAAGUUCUAGACAAUGAUACUGAGAGUUCCAAAAGUCAAGGAGAAGAAAAACCCCUAGGCCAAAUUCAUGCAAUUCCCUGUGAGGAGAAUGAGUAUGCAAAAGACCCAGAAAUGGACGCCCUUAACAAUCAGAAGUUGGGUGAAACCAAUGAAAGGCCAUCUACAGCUCUUGCUGACACCUGUGGAGAGCUGGAGCACAGUCAUAGAAAACCCUGGGGAGCUCAGGGAUCUCCCCCAGAAGAAAAGGCCUGGAAUGAUGGGAAAGAGAUGCCUUCAGAGCAGGUGUUUACAGUCUGCGGUGAAAAGAAUGGGGUUUACCUCCCAGUUCCUCAACCACCUCUGCCAGGAACACAUGUGCUACUUACAAUCAAGGAAAAUCUAUCUUUGGAUGAAAAUAUUCAGAAAUGGACCGUAACUGAUGUGUACAACUUCGUUAGCAGCCUUCCAGGUUGUUCAGAAUAUGCUCAGGUAUUUAAAGAUCACGCGAUUGAUGGAGAAACCUUGCCAUUACUCACAGAGGAGCAUCUUCGAAGCACUAUGGGAUUAAAGUUAGGGCCGGCACUAAAGAUCCAGUCACAGGUAUCUCAGCAUAUGGAAAGUAUGUUCUACAAGAAAAAUCUUUCACUUCCUACGCACACAAAACAAGCAUUCAAUCAACCAACAGAUACAAACCCUCUUUUGGAUUUUAAUACCUGGGGUGAUACAUCAAAUACUCCCUGUUCCCAGGAUAUGAUCCUUCCCAAAGGAACUGAGCGAGAUAGCAUGAGAAAUUAAAACCCUCAAGGAACAAGAACUGAGG